GAACCGCAGAUCCGUGUCCCAAUCCAAGUGCCUUUUAUUGCUUCAACGUUAAGAGGAAAAACGUUUAGAAUUCAUUUUUAAUAUGUCGUACAUACCGGGUCAGCCUGUCACAGCUGUUGUGCAACGGAUAGAAAUUCACAAACUGCGUGACGGGGAUAAUUUAAUACUAGGUUUCAGCAUCGGAGGCGGAAUUGAUCAAGAUCCAAACCAGAAUCCAUUUUCAGAAGAUAAGACAGACAAGGGCAUUUAUGUAACAAGGGUGACAAAAGGAGGACCAGCAGAGGUUGCAGGCCUUAUGAUGGGGGAUAAAAUAAUGCAGGUGAAUGGCUGGGAUAUGACCAUGGUGACCCAUGACCAAGCACGCAAACGGCUGACAAAAAAGAACGAAGACGUGGUAAGACUACUGGUCACCAGAAAGUCUCUGGAGCAGGUGGUCAGACAGUCUAUGAUGCAGCAAUAAGAGAAGUUUGAAAUACACAUUUGUAUGUAAUCUGUUAAUAAUUUGUACACAGAAUGUUUUUUCUUCAUAUACACACUACAAUCAAGCCAAAGAGCUACAACAAGAUGUCAUUUUUAGACAUAACCGAAGCCUAGAGGUUGUGUUUUUAGGCUUCUUUUGUACACAACUUAUAUUUUGUACAAUGGUACCACUUUGAUCAAUCACUUUUCCAUUCCACUGCAUUCCUGGGAUUGAGGUCUUAUAUCGAUGUUAUGAUGGAAAUGUGGGCACAAUUCUUUAUUAGUUGAUUGUUUUUUGCUUUUAUUUUGUUUUCAGACUAGAUAAAACAUAUGUAGUUUUUAUUAAUAAUGGACUUUUCUGACAGUUGGAUUUCUAGAUGGAUGCACAUCAAGCAUUCACAUCAGCUCUAUGCCUUAUACAUGUAUAAUGUUUUGUUCUUGUCUCAGUUUAAAGCUUUUUUGUCCUUGUAGCAACAUCAAAAACAUCUCCAUUUAAUAAUAUUUUAGAAAGUAUGACGUAAUCUGCAGUAAUAACUUGGUCUUUGCAAAAAUCAUGCACUUUUACACUUUUUCUGUUUAAAAUCCCUUUUUUAUACAUAUUGCCAUGUGAUUUUUUUCUUU